UCUUUGUAGUAUAAAAACCGUCUGACUUGUUCAAAACUGUCGUUUUCUAGCACAAAGACUGUUUCGUGAUAACCAAUACUAUUAGCCCACUUUUCAGAGUGCUAGGAAGCUGUGAAACAAUAAUGGUCGUUUCACAUUCGUCAAUUACCGUAUGCUUAAUUGGUCUAUUACGAAAAUGUGUCAGCUCCUUGUAAUGUUGAACGCCCUAAAUAAAUUAACAUGGUAAAAGGGUCUCAAUAUGACAACCCAAGUUCAAGCACUAUAUGACUUCUCGGGUGAGCCUGGCACUACAGAAAUGUCAAUAACAUGUGGUGAAAUAUUAACACUUUUAAAUACUGAAAUUGGUGAAGGAUGGUGGGAGGGCCGCAAUACGAAAGGUGAAACAGGACUAUUUCCUGCAGCAUAUGUGAGAAAACUUACCCCAGAUGAGUCGGCUCCCACUAAGAUGGCUCCAGCAGCACCACGGUACGAUCAAGCUGCUGAUGAUUGGGGUGAUCAGCAGUAUAGUGCUGGAGAUAACAACUAUCAACGUACAACAUCAAAUGAUGAUGGUUGGGAUGAUGAUUGGGAUGAUGACACAUAUUCGGAAAUUGGGCCCGGUGGACAACAACAAAAGCCCAGUGGACAUCAACAGCAACCUUUGACACCACUUCCAGGAAUGCCAAUAAAUGACUACAAUCAUCGCAUAGAUGAUACUGCAUCCAAUUUUGGAUCUUCUGUAGGUACAGUGAGAAAAAAUAAAUUUGCACCAUCUUCUAAAGUAAGUGGUGAAAGUUACUUGUUAGGUACAUUAAAUGUGGAAGUGCCAGAUAGUGACAAAGUUCACAUCGUCCAAGAUGAAGAUGGAUACAUUUGGUCACCAAUCCCGCAACCCUACUCCGUUACUGUUGCAUCGCCAAAGAAAGAAUCCAAGUUCAAAGGGAUCAAAAGUUUUAUUGCAUACCAGUUGACACCUUCAUUCAAUAAUAUUCAAGUGUCCCGGAGAUACAAGCAUUUUGAUUGGCUGCAUGAAAGAUUACAAGAAAAAUUUUCAUUGGUUCCUAUACCACCUUUGCCCGACAAACAGAUAUCUGGCCGCUAUGAUGAACAGUUGAUUGAACGGAGACGGGUACAACUUCAAGAAUUUGUCGACUGGAUGUGUAAGCAUCCAGUUCUUUCUAAAAGUGAAGUUUGGCAACACUUUCUCACUUGUACAGAUGAAAAAAGAUGGAAAGCUGGCAAACGGCAAGCCGAAAAGGACAACCUGUUAGGCCUUAACUACUGUAUAUCUUUAACUGUACCUGAAAAAGCUUUAUUGCAAUCACAAGUGGACCACAUCACAGAACAAUGUCACACAUUUAUAAACAGUAUGGAUACUUCAGUUAAAUCUGUUUCUAACAUGUGUGUUGCACAAACAAAAAGGUUCCAAGGACCUUAUAAAAGUGAUUGUCAGAAAAUAGGAGAAGCAAUUUAUAACCUAGGAAAUGCACUGAGUUUAGACGAGGGCACAAUUGUGUCAACUUCCAAACUCACUUCUGCGAUAAAAAUGACUGGCGGCGCUUAUAUUGAGAUUGGUAGAAUGUACGAAGAUCAGCCUAAAUACGAUUUUGAACCACUCGGUGAUAAAUUUCAUUUAUACAAAGGUAUUGUUGGUGGCUUUCCAGAAGUGUUAGCGAAUCACAAAGGAGCUAUGCAGAAGAAAAGAGAAUGUGAAAGGUUAACUGCUGAACAUAAAAUGGAAAUAGCACAACUGAACGAAGUUAUAAGAAGGUCUGAUGUUAUCUCGUACGCCGUGCUUGCCGAAAUAAAUCACUUCAAAUCCGAGAGAACCAUAGACUUGAAAGCGACAAUGCAAAAGUUUUUGAAACAGCAAAUUCACUUUUAUAAACGAGUGGUUGAUAAACUUGAAAAUACACUGCAACAAUAUGAGGAUUAAUUUAAUGCUUGAUAUACACAUAUUUUCUCAAGUAAGGGAAUUGAUGAACUUUUUUUAGAGAUUGUUGUCUUACAAAUGCCAUUGUAAAGUUUGAUGUGUAUAAAUUUUUGUA